AUGACACGCAUCUGUUCAUCCGCGCACCCACACUUCCCUCUUCUUAUCCUACUCCUCCUUCUAAAUCAUUUCGCAAAGAACGUUGCUUUGGGGGUUCCAUCAGAUCCACCCGCCGUGGACAGCGGCGCCGAUCGCGCGGUCAUAUCCGCGGGCGUGGACGAUCCGCGGUCAGACCGCGUUGUGGCGGAGCCGGCGGAGGGUGGCAGGGCGGUGUGCAGGUUCGACGGGGCAACAGGCACCUUCUCACACGAGCCGUACGAGCCAACCAGGUGCGAAGCGGAUAAUGAUCGCCGAAACGAAACUCGUAGAGCAGCAGCAACAGCAGCAGCAGCAGCAACAGCAGAAGCAGCAGCGGCAGGAGGAGCAGCGGCAGCAACAACAACAGGAGCAGCAGAAGCAACAGGAGCAGCAACAACAGCAGCAGCAGCAGCAGCAGCAGAAACAGCAGCAGCAGCAGCAGAAGCAGCAGCAGCAGCAGCAGCGGCAGCAGCAGGAGCGGCAGCAGGAGCAGCAGAAGCAGCAGCAGCAGGAGCAGGAGCAGGAGCAGGAGCAGGAGCAGGAGUGGGAGCAGGAGCAGGAGCAGGAGCAGCAGGAGCAGCAGGAGCAGCAGCAGGAGCAGCAGCAGCAGGAGGAGGAGGAGGAGGAGCAGCAGCAGGAGCAGGAGAAGGAGCAGGAGCAGAGGGAGGGCCCCCCUCCCGCCGCCACCCUCCUCUCCGCACCCCACCACCCCUCCCUGCUCCUCCUAUUCCCUCUCCCGGUUCCUCACUUCCUCCCUCGUUCCUCUCGCCUUCUCCACCACUGUCCUCCACCCCUCCACCACCCCCUCCUGUGCUCCCCCCUGCCAGGUCCCCACCCGGACCUUCUCCCAGACCCCCUCUCAGACCCCCUCCCAGGCCUCCUCCUCCUGCCAAGCCCCCCCUCAGUCCACCCCGCCUUCCCCCACCAAAACCCCCUCCUAGCCCACCCAAGUUCCCCCCUCCUUCCCCACCUCCCCGCCCCCCUUCCCCCCCACCCAAGCGCCGCCACCCCGCGCCACGUCCCCCUCGCCCCCCUUCCCCCCCACGGCCCCCACCACGCCGUCCCCCCCUCCGCCCCCCUCCUCGUCGCCCUCCCCCACGCCCACCCCCACGCCCCCCUCCUCCAAAGCCCCCAUCGCCCCCCCCGCCCAUCCUCCCUUCCCCCGAGGGCGUGUUCAACGUGAGGGCGUUCGGGGCGGUGGGGGAUGGGAAGACAGACGAUACAGAUGCAAUGAGCCGAGCGUUCGCAAGGGCGUGCGAGUACGAUGGGGGGCGGCAGGGCAGGCGGGCGACGGUGCUGUUCCCGCGGGGCUUCACGUUCUUCAUGAAGGGGCGCAACGUGGUGUGGCAAGGGCCCUGCAACAGCGGCGGCCUCGUUCUCAGGGUGGACGGCAUGAUAUCGAGCUACCCACGUGGGGUGUCAUACCUGACGCCCAUCAUCAACCUGCUCUCCAUCCCACGCCUGCUUGUCACGGGCACGGGGCGCAUGGACGGGCAGGGCUACGAGGUGUGGCCACGUGCAGCGCGGCGCCCGUACCUGCUGCAGCUGGAGAACUGCACGGAUGCCGAGGUCACCGGCAUCACCAUCAGCAACCCAGCGAAGGUGCAUUUGAACAUCCGGUUCUGCGAGCGCGUGUGGAUCCACGAGUUUGAGACGCGCACGCCGUACAACGGCGGCAACACGGACAGCAUCCACAUCGUCUUCUCCUCCGACGUGCUCAUUGAGGACUGCACCCUGCACGGCGGCGACGACAACGUGUCGAUAGUGGGUAGCUCCUCCAACAUCCUCAUUCAGAACGUUGUCUGCACUGCUGGCCAUGGCAUCAGUGCAGCUCUCAACACCCUCAUCAUGUGCAUCACGUACGAGUGCAGCUCUCAACACCCUCAUCAUGUGCAUCACGUACGAGUGCAGCUCUCAACACCCUCAUCAUGUGCAUCACGUACGAGUGCAGCUCUCAACACCCUCAUCAUGUGCAUCACGUACGAGUGCAGCUCUCAACACCCUCAUCAUGUGCAUCACGUACGAGUGCAGCUCUCAACACCCUCAUCAUGUGCAUCACGUACGAGUGCAGCUCUCAACACCCUCAUCAUGUGCAUCACGUACGAGUGCAGCUCUCAACACCCUCAUCAUGUGCAUCACGUACGAGUGCAGCUCUCAACACCCUCAUCAUGUGCAUCACGUACGAGUGCAGCUCUCAACACCCUCAUCAUGUGCAUCACGUACGAGUGCAGCUCUCAACACCCUCAUCAUGUGCAUCACGUACGAGUGCAGCUCUCAACACCCUCAUCAUGUGCAUCACGUACGAGUGCAGCUCUCAACACCCUCAUCAUGUGCAUCACGUACGAGUGCAGCUCUCAACACCCUCAUCAUGUGCAUCACGUACGAGUGCAGCUCUCAACACCCUCAUCAUGUGCAUCACGUACGAGUGCAGCUCUCAACACCCUCAUCAUGUGCAUCACGUACGAGUGCAGCUCUCAACACCCUCAUCAUGUGCAUCACGUACGAGUGCAGCUCUCAACACCCUCAUCAUGUGCAUCACGUACGAGUGCAGCUCUCAACACCCUCAUCAUGUGCAUCACGUACGAGUGCAGCUCUCAACACCCUCAUCAUGUGCAUCACGUACGAGUGCAGCUCUCAACACCCUCAUCAUGUGCAUCACGUACGAGUGCAGCUCUCAACACCCUCAUCAUGUGCAUCACGUACGAGUGCAGCUCUCAACACCCUCAUCAUGUGCAUCACGUACGAGUGCAGCUCUCAACACCCUCAUCAUGUGCAUCACGUACGAGUGCAGCUCUCAACACCCUCAUCAUGUGCAUCACGUACGAGUGCAGCUCUCAACACCCUCAUCAUGUGCAUCACGUACGAGUGCAGCUCUCAACACCCUCAUCAUGUGCAUCACGUACGAGUGCAGCUCUCAACACCCUCAUCAUGUGCAUCACGUACGAGUGCAGCUCUCAACACCCUCAUCAUGUGCAUCACGUACGAGUGCAGCUCUCAACACCCUCAUCAUGUGCAUCACGUACGAGUGCAGCUCUCAACACCCUCAUCAUGUGCAUCACGUACGAGUGCAGCUCUCAACACCCUCAUCAUGUGCAUCACGUACGAGUGCAGCUCUCAACACCCUCAUCAUGUGCAUCACGUACGAGUGCAGCUCUCAACACCCUCAUCAUGUGCAUCACGUACGAGUGCAGCUCUCAACACCCUCAUCAUGUGCAUCACGUACGAGUGCAGCUCUCAACUCUCCCCUCUACCUCUCUCUUCCCCGCCACCAGCAUCGGCAGCCUGGGGAACUACGGCGCGCUGGCGUGUGUGCAGAACGUGACGGUGCGCAACGUGUUCAUGGCGGGGCUGCAGAACGGGGUGCGCAUCAAGACGUACGAGACGGGGCAGGGCGCCGUGUGGAACAUACGCUACGACAACAUCACCAUGGUGGACGUGGGUCGCCCCAUCAUCAUUGACCAGUACUACUGCGAGCGGGAGCCGUGUGACGACGGGCACAGCGGCAUUGCGGUGUUCAACGUGUCUUACUCACGCAUCCGCGGCACCACCAACGGCAGCGCCGUGGGCGGUAUUGAGUUGCGGUGCAGCAACCACACGCCGUGCGGGCAGAUCUCUCUCUGGGACGUGCACCUGCGCCACAGCAGGUCCAAGGUGCAGCUCAAGCCGGUCUUCAUGCACGCGUACGGCAGCAGCAGGAACGUGCAGCCGUGGAGUGAGGAGAGCACGGGCACGUGGAGUAAGACGAGUCUGUCCAAGGCUGCAGCUGGCCGAAUCACCGCCGAGUAUGGCAAGUGUGGCGGAAGUGGAUUUCCUUGGAGCAAGUUAUCCGCGACGCGCGUACUUCUUCCCCCAUCAGCAACUGCUGCAUCUGUCCCUCCUGAUGCGUGA